AUGUGGCCCCUCAUUUCAUUCCAUACCCAAGCACCCCUCAUCUCCUCCACGCACACGCGUGCACACGUGCUCACGCACACACGCACACACACACGUACACACACACGCACACACACACGCACACACACACACGCAUGCACGGACGCACACACGCACGCACACAUGCAUGCACACACGCACACCCAUGCAGACACGCAUGCACACACGCACACGCACGCACUCACACACACGCACACACACACACACGUGCGCGCACACUCGCACACGCACACACGCACAUACGCACACAUACGCACGCACACACACGCACGCACACACACGCACACACACACACACACACACACGUGCGUGCACACCCGCGCACGCACACACACAUGCACACACACGCACACACAGUGCACACACUCUCACCCCUUGUGCUUCUCCUGCAACGUCAACCAUGUGGCCCCUCAUUUCAUUCCAUACCCAUGCACCCCACAUCCCACGCCCCCCCUCACGCCCCCUCACCCCCAGCUAUCCAAGUACGCGGACCCUUCCUGCUUCUCGUACAACCUGAACCACGUGGUGCUGCUGGUGGGGUAUCGCCUCACCGGCUCAGAUCCGACCUUCCCGCACAUGGCGCCGCCCUUCUGGAUCAUCCGCAACUCAUGGGGCCCGGAGUGGGGCGACGGCGGGCACAUGCGGAUGGACAUCCAGGGGGGCGACGGCGUGUGUGGGAUCAACACGCUGCCUGGGAUCUACCCGGUGGUGCGCGCUGCCAGGGACCCCUGCAACGUCAACGGCACCAGCAGUGGGGUGUUUGGGCCGCUCUUCAAUCCCUGUGGCAACUUCACGUGCACGCCCACAUCUGAUGGGGCCAGCAACCGGUGUGAUUGCAACGACCCGCGAUUCGUGGAGGCACUUCAACCGGACAACUCGCGCACCUGUGCUUACAGUGAGCUCUCCCCUGUGCUUACAGUGAGCUCUCUCCCCCGUGCUUACAGUUUGCGAUCUCUCCUGCACUUCCUCGUGUGA